GGUAUACAAAGCUGUAUCCUGGUCAUAUCCGAGGUAAAUUUAUCGAAAGGCCAGUAAAUCAUGCAUGGAAGACGUGGCAAGACAGACACCGGCUUAACCAGCCCUCAACCAAUUCCCCAAAUCUCCUGAAUAAUACGUAACACAACCUACGUCACACAAACAUCCUCAACGAUGUAUCAUCCAACUCCUCCCAAAUAUUAUAAAGAAAGACAACCAGUCUCUCCGCAAGAAAGAACAGAACCCACCAUCUACGACAACCAUGUUCCGACGCCCACGCCAGACCACCGCCGACAACCUCUCCCUGCGCCUGAGCAAGAUGCUCCAACCGAUCCCCGUGAUUCCCUGGAGCGCACUCGCGAUGUGGUAUCUGGGCGUUCCCGUCGGAGUUGGGGCCCCCAUGAUCGUAGUCCAGGACGCCGACUACCCCAUCGCGCAAUCCCGCCUAGCGAAGGCCGGGUUCACACGAAGCGUGCCCAACCGCAACCCCCACCCCGCCAUCAUAGCAAGCCACCCCAGCCCCCAGCAGAUGCUGACCCAGAUCAACGCCGGCUACCACCGCGUGGAUCGCUCGUGCGCCGUGUUCGAUUAUCCGAACGACGACCCAAAGGACAAGGACAUGCAGCUGUACCUGUACCUGUUUCCGAACUCGCUCGCGCAUGUUUUUGAUGGUUGGCGGUGGCAGGAGGCUCCCCGUCAUGAGACAGGUGCGACGGUAGCAGCAGCAGCACAGCGAUACGAGAGCUACGGUAACCUACACUACGCGCUGGAGCGAGCGCUGGUGGAGAGCGUUGUCCGGGCUGCGGUUGAGGAGGAAUCCGCCACGGGCUUUUCGGCGUGGGGCGAGGACCUGCGGUGCUGCGUGGCGAUGAUGAAUGGGUGGGUAUUUGGAGGUGGACAAUGAUGCGCUGGAUGACUGUGCUGAUCAGCAGGUUGUGGACUGGUAUAGUCGCAGUUUUGGCCGGAUUCGGGAGGCCAGGUUCGGGCCCAUUGAUCGUCGCGUAUCCAAGCGCUUGGGGUCGGGGAGGGAGAUGCCGGUUGAUACGCGGGGGAAUCCUAUC